AUGCCUUCACCGCGGGAUCCCACUUACGAUGAAACAACAAGCCUGCUUCAAGAGGAACCAGAAGGCUCAGCUCAGUCAAAUUUGGUCAAAGAACCAGUCUACCCUCGUUGGAUAAUUACAGUUGUGCUAUUAUGCGGCGGCGCGGUUCUUUUCGACCUUUCUAACAAUCUGGGUGAGGUCGCCGAGGUCGCUAUCUUGGAAGACAUAGUAUGCCGAGAUUAUUAUGCCAAGUCUGCUGUAAACACUAUUAUUUCUGCUGCAGAAAGAUGCAAGAUAGAGCCUAUUCAGACGGAAAUCGCAUUGCUCAACGGCUGGAGAGAAACGUUCGAGACUAUUCCUGCAAUACUUCUGGCCGUGCCUUAUGGAAUGCUGGCGGACUGGAUUGGAUACCGACCGGUCGCUUUGUUGGCCUUUUUCGGUAGUGCCAUGUCCUCCAACUGGAGCAGAGUGGUUUUUUGGUUCUACCCCACAUUACCCACUCGUGCUCUUUGGUUCUCUGCCCUAUGGCAGGUUCUAGGAGGAGGGCCGCAGGUCGUAACGUCCUUGAGUUUCUCGGCUGUCGCUAGUAUCACCCCUGCUCAAAAGAGAACGACUGUCUUCUCCCAAAUGACAGCGGUUAUCUUGGCUACGGAGCUGAUUGCACCCCCAGUUGGUGCCGCGCUGAUGAAAAAAAACCCUUGGAUACCGUUCCUCGCUUCAUCUGUAAUUGCUGCAACUUCAAUUAUUUGGGCAUUGUUGUUCUUCCCUGCCAUUCAAACCCAGGCUAAGCCGACUUCUACCCCAAGCUAUGAUCAGCCGCCAGUUCGGAACUGGUACGCCUCUGAAAGAAUCCGAGACCUCUAUGAGCAGCUCUCGAGGAAUAAGAAUGCUGCACUUGUUGUUGUCUCAUUCUUUGUUACACUUGUGGGGACACACGCCUUCGCACUGCUGUUGCAAUAUAUCUCUAAAAGAUUCCACGUAUCAUAUGCGGAGCUUUAA